AUGACUCCUUGCAUUUACCGCCUCCUGUUUCGCCGCGCCAGUUACCGACAGUCCGGCAUCAACGUCAAACGUGACGACUGGGUGAUGCAUGUCUCCGACGGCAUUCAGCGGAGUCCCGACCGCCACGUAGUCGUGACAAUUCGGCCUCGAGUGCUUCAAGAGGCCGGCUGGCGGCUCUACGUCAACAACAGUGUUCUCGUCACAGAAAAUGCCACUCUGCCGCUUCAUCCGUCCGUCUUCCCGCGCUGGGCGCCGGCCAAAUCCGGGGACGACGCCGCUGGCAACCAGACCCUUCCAGAGGCCGACACCUCCAGCAUCAGCGGUCUCUCAGACCCCGACGGAGCGCCCACCUACUUUGUCGUAGUCUUCCCGACCAAGGGCAACCUGGUGCUGCUGCCUCCUCCUCUCCCGUUUCCGCGCCCCUCCGAUUCGGGACCUCUUUAUCCCCGGCGACUGGCCGGAGAAGCCAGCCUUCCGACAGGUGACCAUCUUCCCGGUUGGUCGGGCGAUUCGCAAGCCUCUUCGGUCUCCGACGUUCUCGUGGUCGCCCAGUUCCACGCCUCCGACAUCCUCCAGGGCCGAUUGGCCUACAAGCAUGGGCCGGCCGAGGUCGGGCUGAAGCCGAUCUACGACUUUGUCCGCAUCUGGGACUUGAACACGGGACAGACGUUCUCCCUUAACUUUACCAUCCUACCCAUCAACAGCCAGGCGCCAAGUCUGAAGUCGGACUUGCCAAUUCAGGUGAGGCAUACUUUUGUACCGCCUCACGGCUGCUUUGUGGACUAUUUUUCUUCAUUGUUACGCAGUCUCGGUCAGAGCUCGAUGAUCAGAGCCUAA